GUAUCGACCACCGCCAUGUUGUGCAAGGCACCGCGCCGCGUCGGUCUCCUCAAGGCGCAGCAGCGCCGCCGAUUCUCCCAACAGCAGCAAAAGCAAAAGUCUGAAGAGGGUGCCACGUCGUCGGGCAGCAUCUUCUCUGGCAGCUGGAAGAUCCCGGCCACCAUGGGCUUUGCUCUCAUCGGAUUUCUGCAGUGGCAACACCUGAACCACCCGACGGACGAGGAGCGGAAGACGCACCCGGCGGAAGCUCUACGUCGUCUGCCUGGCACCCACACGGCGUUUGAGGACACGAUGGCCACAGAACGCCAGCUGCAGUCGCUCAAGCUUUUUCCGUACCGAGCUGCCAGCCGCCUUUGGGGUGAAGUGCACGACAAGGAGCUGCCGUCGUGGAUGCGUGAACCCGUUUACAAGGCGUGGACCGCCGUCUUUAAUUGCAAACUGGACGAAAUGAAGUAUCCGCUGCAAGACUACGCCAACCUCGGUGAAUUCUUUUCGCGCCCAUUUGAAACAGGGCGUUCGUCCCAAAUCAAGGGCGCGCGCUAUCGACUCGAUGAGUUCCUCGGCGAUCUCCCUUCGUUCUUCACCAGCAAGACUUCUGCUUCGAAGGGCAAGAAAAUGUUCCAUUGCGUCUUGUACCUGGCGCCUGGCGACUACCAUCGCAUCCACGCACCGGUGGAUUGGCAGGUGGAAGAGCGUCGCCACUUCCCCGGGAACCUCUUUCCUGUCAACAAGACCGCUGCCCGACUGAUCCCGAGUCUAUUCGUGGAGAACGAACGCGUUGCACUGUUGGGUGAAUGGGAGCAUGGUUUCUUCUCGCUUACUGCUGUAGGCGCCACCAACGUGGGCUCCAUUGUCAUCACGAAGGAACCGGAAUUCCGUACCAACACAGCAUUGCAGGAUCCGCUGAUGGGCCACUGCAUAACGAAGAACUAUGGUGGUAAGGUAGACACAGCGCGUGGGGAGGAGAUGGCACAGUUUAAGUUGGGCUCCACAGUUGUGCUGGUUUUUGAGGCUCCUGAGUCGUUCCAGUUUACGAUUAAACCGGGUGACAAGGUGAGUUACGGUAGCUGCUCAGGGUCCUGAGCGCUGAUAUUUGACAGUAAUGUGUAUGUGAUUAAAUAGUUGAUUCUGGGGAAAUGCAUCGGCAAAGCUGAGUAGAUAGGUCUUGGUAUUAGCUUAACAUCUCACCAAAACAAGCAGAAUAGC